GUCCCUCGGACACAGCGGAUCACAGAUCACGGAAAGAGCCGAAGAUGUCGGCUCGGUCAUGUGAUCAGCUGUGUGAAAUCACAGCUGAUCACAUGGGACAUGUACACUGAUCAUCAGGGCACUGGUGAUCAGUGUGCCCUGAUGAUCAGUGUAGCCCCAGCAGUGCCACCUGUCAAAGUCCAUCAGAGCCAGCUGUCAGUGCCACAUGCCAGUGCCUAUCAAUGCCACACAUCAGUGCCCAUCUGAGCUGACUUUCAGUGCCAUCCAUCAGUGCCAGUCAGUGCCACCUAUCAAUACCAAUCAGUGCUGCCAAUCAGUGCCGCCUAUCAGUGUGCAUCAGUGCCACCUAACAGUGCCAGUCAUUGCCGCCUAUCAGUGUCAGUCAGUG